GAAGAGAUCAAACACAAAAACAUCCACCAAUGGCAUCUCUUAUUUCUCCAUGCAUUUCCCCCGUUCUCCCUCCCAACCUUAAGCCCUUCUCCUCCUCCGCCGCAUACCCUUUAGCAAAACCCUCCCAGAUCCACAUCAGCGCCGCAAAACGCGGCCACCAUUUCAAAUCCAUCAUCACAUGCAACGCCGCACCCGGCGGCGGCGGUGACAAUCAAAAGCUAGAUAGAAGGGAUAUCCUUCUCGGCUUGGGCGGCCUUUACGGCGCCGUAAACCUCGCUUCCAACCCCUCAGCCUACGCCGAUCCCAUCCAAGCCCCCGAACUUUCCAACUGCGUCGUCCCUCCGGCGGACUUACCGGCCAACGCAUUGGUCGAUAACUGCUGCCCUCCUCUCGUCACUAACGUCAUCCCGUACAAACUCCCGAAGGUCUCUCCGGCGUACAUGAAAGUCCGGCCGGCGGCCCACCGCAUGGACAAAGUGUACCUGGCCAAGUUCGAGAAAGCGAUCGAGCUAAUGAAGGCGCUUCCCGCCGACGACCCAAGAAACUUUUACCAGCAAGCUAACGUCCACUGUGCUUACUGCAAUGGCGGCUAUGUGCAACCAGGGUAUCCCGACAAGGAGAUCACUGUUCACAACUCGUGGCUUUUUUUCCCAUUCCAUAGAUGGUACUUGUAUUUCUACGAGAGAAUCUUGGGGAAACUGAUCGGAGACCCUACCUUUGGGCUACCAUUCUGGAACUGGGAUACCCCGGCGGGAAUGCUGAUUCCGUCCGCUUUCACGAAUAAAAACUCCCCUCUCUACGACGAGAAUCGUAACCAAUCCCACCUUCCACCGGUUCUUCUUGACCUCGGGUACGCCGGGAAAGACACCCCGGCAACCGACCAGGAGAGGAUUUCCAACAACCUCGCCCUGAUGUAUAAGAGCAUGGUCACUAACGCGGGCACCGCCGAGCUCUUCCUCGGGAAGCCCUACGUCGCCGGUGACUCUCCCUUGAAAGGCGGUGGCGGGUCCAUUGAGAAUAUCCCGCACACCCCGGUGCACAGAUUCGUCGGCGACGUGGCACCGCGGACGAAGAACGGGGAGGACCUCGGGAACUUUUACUCCGCGGGGCGGGACGUGUUGUUCUACUGCCACCACUCCAACUGCGACCGGAUGUGGACCAUCUGGAAACAGCUCGGCGGGAAGGGGAGUAGACGGUCGGACUUCACGGACUCCGACUGGUUGGACUCUUCCUUCAUAUUCUACGACGAGAACAAGCAAGCCGUUAGGGUGCGCGUUGGGGACUGUUUGGAUAACCAGAAAUUAGGGUACAGGUACGAGUUCGCGAACUUGACCUGGCUCAACAGUAAACCGAUCCCGACGAAAAAGAGGGCCGGUCUGGUUGGCAUGUCGACCGCCCCGUUCGUGACCAGCGUCUUCCCCGUUGCACUGGACAAGGUGGUCCAAGUCAAGGUCGCCAGACCUAAAAAGUCCAGAACCAAUCAGGAAAAGGAAGAUGAAGAAGAGAUCCUGUUGAUCGAAGGCAUUGAGGUUUCCAUAGAUGAGUACGCAAAGUUUGAUGUGUACCUCAACGAUGAAGACGAGCCAGAGGGCGGGAAAGAGGCGGCGGAGUACGCCGGAAGCUUUGCUCACUUGCCGCACAAGCACAAGGGGUCCAAGAAAAUAAAGACAAGCCUGAGCUUGGGCCUGAACGAGCCGUUGGAGGAUUUGGGCGCUGAAGACGACGACACAAUCCUCGUCACGCUGGCUCCCAAAGUCGGCGGCGGCGUCGUCACCGUCGACAACAUUCAGAUCGUUUACGGAUCCUAGAUUUAUUCAUCAUAUUGCUGUUUUAUCAAUAUUUUCGGGGGUGUCGAAUAAAAUAUUCUCAGAAAAUAAAUGGAAUUUAGUGCCAAUCAUGUACCCAUGCAACCGUUUUUAUUCCCAACCCCUAUUUGGAGAUGUUUUAGCCUCCAUGUAGCCAUCAAUGAAAUUACAU